AUGGUGAUCAGCAACGGGACAACCGACGAUCCUUCGCAGGGUUUGGAUCACCAGUCCAAUGGGGCUGGCAACGGCGCAAUUACCGGAGAGGUCAAGGGGCUCGGGGCCGAGACGCUUCGUAUAGUACAAACUCGAAUAGGCGAAAAGAAGAAAUAUACGAUCCGAACGCAUCUGGAGGGUGUUGACGGGUACAAAUAUCUCCCCGGCCAGCCACGGAUCGCGCUCUCCGCGCCACCCGGUGCCGGUGAUGAACUGGUCGAAUACCUGCGCAAAGCACACCUUACAACCGAGCUUGACCGUUUACUGCCAUUCAUGAAAUACAUUUUCGUUCAAACACCGUCUUUCAGACACAUCAUGCCACUGCACCACCAAGUAGCCCAUGCUCGGGAGAUUAUUGUCGAUGAGUACCCAGGCCUUCACCUUGUUUGGUACUACGGCCGAAUCUUCAUCAAGCCUAUUCCCACGUACUUUUACUCUCCCGCGUUCUGGGAUUACCUACGUAGCCUCCGCAAUCAAGACGAAACGAACGACGAAAAGGAGGACAUCUACGACGCCGCGAUUGGGUUCAUGCGCAGCUACUACUUUCUAAUCCAAUAUGAGAUCGACUUCACCAAAGCCUGCGAGCUCAAACUCAUCCCGAAGCUUCCCGGUGAGGACAAGCAUCCAACAUAUUACGAGUUUUGUCGAUUCAUGGAUUACUUUAAGAAAGUGAAAGACGAAGAAACUUGCCGUCGAUACCACUACGGCGAACUACGACUAACGCGAAUCAAUCGUACCUCCCUCUUCAUAACCGGGAAACUGGCCUAUUUCCACAUCUACCCACAAUGGGGAUCCUACCUCCGCCAUUUCCUUGCGCCCAUCAUCGUGGCGCUCGGUGGAUUCUCCGUCGUAUUAAACGCGAUGCAAGUCACACUCAACGCACAGGAGAUGCUCGGGAAUCCGAGCGAUGGCUCUCCCGGCUUGAGCCCAACCUGGACAUACUUUACGAGGACGUCCUUGUAUUUCCCCGUAGUGAUAAUUUCUUGGAUUGCUGCGAUAGUUGUUCUUGGCUUGUUGGGCGUUUUGGUUAUGGCUUUCAAGGACAUUGUGUGGGCGAGGACGACACGGAGGAGAAAGAAAAACGGUGACCGGAAUGCGGGAGAUCGGAGUCACGGAAUGAUAUGCACUAUCAUGCUCCUGUUACUUGUCGAGCUGAACAUGCAGCCUAGUUUACUGGCGGGUAUAAUGCACAUUCGGCUUCCCUCGGCGCCGGACGAUUUCGUUUUACUCUCGCCUCUCGAUCCGCUAGAGUCUCUCGGAGACUACCAGUGCGCAGCCAAGAGACUCCAUUUCUUCUUCUGCAAGACAUGCGGAGUGCGGUGCUUCAGCUUCGCUGGUGAGGGGGAAUUGGGCGAGGUGGACUUGGCUGAACUGGGAGUCGAGACGGAAAGACCCGGAGAGCCGACCAAGCUCUGGCGGGCCAAGAAAGACGGUUGGGGUGAGAACACGAGAGUCUCUUAUCUUAGUGUGAACGGACACACGAUUGAUGCUGGGCAGGGAUUUGAGCUUAGAGAUUUGACGGAACUGAAGCGAGUCGAGUACCUGAACGCUCUGGCGCCAGAAGAUGAGAGCACGGAUGACGUUCGGUAUGACAGACCGCAUUCCGGUGGCAGCUACUGA